UAGUACUGAGGGAUUGGGAGGGAGGGUCCACAGCAGGUUAUGGUCUUUCAUCUUGAAAAGUAUCUUCAUAGUUUUCUAUAGUAUCUUCUCCCCUGCCCUGGUUUGCUCACUCUUAAGAGCAUAUUGUGAUGCAGUCCUCCCCAGCUGAGUUCUAUGGAUACCCAAUGCAGUACCAAUCUCUGAUUCUGUGACUCUAAGGCACUCCUUGGAGCUUGUGUGGUUGUGUGUGGACACACACACAGGUGAUACCGGGCUGCUAGGAGGGACAUGGCUCUGCUUGUGACAAAGCUGCAUUAUUUCAGAAUCUCCUUGCACACAGAAAUCAUCAUGCAGAGGAAUAGUGGUCCAGAAUCAGGCUGAGUCUUUCUUGGAAUCCACUGAGGUGGAGAAUAGUGUAGCAUAUUCCCCGGUAAAUAAAAAAAGGGUGAUAUGAUUGUCUUGGCUGGUGUAAGAACUAUCUGCCCAUGCAGUAUUCGACCAUGCCGUCACUGGAGGGUGGGGUUUCUUUAUAGGUUAUACUGGUGGUAGAGUAAUCUUGAGGGAUCUCAUCCAGGACACCAUGCUAUUGUCCAGCAGAAUCUGUGUCAUUUUAUCUCCUGCAGUAUCUCAGGGAACACCCAGCCAGGUUCUCUGCCCAUCCCAUACAAGGUUCAUGAAUUUGAUCCAUGGGGCCGAAUGUUCACCAGGAGUUAACCAUUAAUGACUUGCUAUUGAGAGGCUGUUCCCAACACCCCUCUGUUGAGCCUGUGAGACUUCUGCCCUGCUUAGGCCUUCUGCAAGUUGCGAAGUAGUGGAGCCGACUGAACAGUCAGGCAAGCACAGGAGAAGUGAGUGCCUCACCAUGGCAGCAGCCUUGAAGCAGUUCUGUGGCUCAGUUUUCUGGAACUCCUCUUUCCUAGAUCGUGAUGAUGCCGACCUGCCGCUGUGCUUUGAACAGACUGUUCUUGUCUGGAUCCCUCUGGGCUUCCUCUGGCUCUUUGGCCCAUGGCAGCUUCUCUACUUGUGCACAUCCAGGAUGAAGAAAUCAUCUGUCACAAGGGUUUACCUCAUAAAGCAGGUGCUGACUCUGUUGCUGUUACUGGUGGCACUUACUGAAGUAAUUUUCACCAUUGCUGAAGAUUUAGGGAAACUCCCACACCCAGCCCCUGUUAGCCGAAACCCUGCUGUCCAGUACACGAACCCUGCACUCUACUGCAUCAGCUGGUUGCUUGUUUUGCUGAUCCAUGACAGCCGCCGCUUCACCUCCCGCAGGGACUCAGGGACUCUGUGCAUCUUCCUCAUCCUUUCUCUGCUCUGUGGUGUGUUUCAGCUCCAGACUCUGAUCCGGCAAGCAGUGCAGGGCUCCGUCACUGAUGUGCCACGUUUUAGCUUCUUCCUGAUCUCCUACGGGCUUCAACUCCUCCUGUUCUUCACCUCUGUUAUUUCUGACAUUGCCCCUGAAAUGAAGGAAGCUGCAAAGAAAAACCCAGAGAUUGUAGCCUCUUUCCUGAGCUUCCUAACCUUCCACUGGUAUAGCAGGAUGGUGCUAAAGGGCUUUCGGAAGCCAUUAGUGACUGAUGACCUCUGGGACUUGAAGGAUGAACAUAAGACAGAACACAUUUUUGGCAAGCUUGAGAAGAACAUGAAAGCCAGGGUCAGAAAGGCUCAGAGGGAACUGGAGAUCCAGCACCGGAAAACAAAAUGUCAUUCACAUGUCACUGACCACAUGAAUGGUUUGAGCAAGGCCCAAAGUCAGGAUGCAUUGGUUCUGGAAGAGAAAGAAAAAAAAAACAAGGAAAAGGGAGGCACGAGAGAUUCUAGUGGUGACUAUGCUAAGAAGUGGCUGCUGGCUGCUGUGUUUCGAACCUUUGCUGGGAACCUUGCGAAAGCAGUGGCACUCAAGGUGGUGCAAGACCUGCUGGUGUUUGUGAGCCCCCAGCUGCUGAAGCUGAUGAUCUCCUUUGUGUCAGAUCCAAAUGCCUAUCUUUGGCAUGGCUACCUCUAUGCAGCACUGCUGUUUGUGAUCGCAUUGAUACAAUCUGUCUGCCUGCAACAGUAUUUUCAACUCUGCUUUGAGUUGGGCAUGCUCGUACGCACUGCUUUGAUGGCUGCCAUCUACAAGAAGGCCCUCACAAUUUCCAAUGCCACACGGAAGGAAUCCACAGUGGGCGAGAUGGUGAAUCUGAUGUCAGUAGAUGCCCAGCGCUUCAUGGACUUUACAAACUUCGUGCACCUGCUGUGGUCAGCUCCACUGCAGAUAGUGCUGUCUGUUGUGUUUCUGUGGCUGGAGCUCGGCCCCUCUGUGCUUGCUGGGAUUGGGGUCAUGAUACUGCUCAUCCCUGUCAAUGCUGUACUGGUCACCAAGGCCAGGGCCAUCCAGAUGAAGAACAUGAAAUACAAGGAUGAGCGCAUGAAAAUAAUGAAUGAAAUUAUCAGUGGCAUCAAAAUCCUGAAGCUGUUUGCCUGGGAGCCGUCAUUUGAGAAACGAAUUGGAAGGAUCCGUGCACAGGAGCUGAAGGGCCUGCUGCAUUUUGCUUACCUGCAAUCCAUCUCCAUCUUCUUCUUCAACUGUGCUCCUCUCCUAGUCUCAGUGGCCACAUUUGCGGUGUAUGUGAUGGUUGAUGAGAACAAUGUUCUGGAUGCACAGAAAGCCUUCACUUCUAUCUCUCUCUUCAACGUACUGCGCUUUCCUCUUGUCAUGCUUCCAAUGGUAUUGUCCUCCCUAGUGCAGGUCAAUGUAUCUACUGAGCGCCUAGAGCGGUAUCUAGGCAGCGAAGACCUGAACACUUCGGCCAUAUGGCAUGACCCGAGCCCUGGCUGUGCUGUACAUUUCUCAGAGGCCUCCUUUUCCUGGGAACAGAAUUCUGAUGCCACUAUUAGAGACAUAAACCUGCAAAUUCCACAUGGGCUCUUGUUGGCCAUAGUGGGGCCUGUGGGAUCAGGAAAAUCAUCACUGGUGUCAGCUAUAUUGGGCGAGAUGGAGAACAUCAAAGGACAUAUCAAUAUUCAGGGCUCCGUGGCGUAUGUGCCUCAGCAAGCAUGGAUCCAGAAUGCCACGCUGAAGGACAACAUCCUUUUUGGGUCACCCUUCAAUGAGGUCCGAUACCAACAGGUCAUGGAGGCUUGUGCUCUCCUCCCAGACCUGCAGCUGCUUCCAGGAGGAGACCUCACUGAGAUUGGAGAGAAGGGCAUUAAUCUGAGUGGAGGCCAGAAACAACGAGUCAGCCUGGCUAGAGCUGUAUACAGCAAUGCAGACAUCUACUUACUGGAUGACCCCCUCUCAGCCGUGGAUUCCCACGUAGGGCGACACAUUUUUGAUAAAGUGCUGGGGCCAGAGGGGCUGCUGCAGAAUAAGACCCGGAUCCUGGUGACUCAUAGCCUAAGCUUCCUGGCUCAUGUGGAUGACAUUGUGGUGCUGGUGGCUGGAGGUGUCUCAGAACAAGGUUCUUAUGGCACCUUACUGGCUAACGGUGGAGCAUUUGCUCAGCUGCUCAACACAUAUGGAAACCAGCAGGAAAACAUGACUGAAGAGGAAGUCACAGUGAGUAUGGGUGAGGAGCUGGAAUUGUCUGAGGACCCUGAACCUGGAGCUGAAGAGAUACCGACUGAUGUGGUGACCAUGACUCAGAAGAAUGAGGCCAGUGUCCAGCAAAAAAGCUUCACCCGCAGCCUUAGUGCCAACAGUAAUAUGUCCCUCAUGAAAGCUCAUCAAAGAAAGCUGACGGAGAAGAAGCCAAUGACAGAGAUAAAAGGACAGAGGCUGAUUGACAAGGAGACCAUGGAAACUGGCAAGGUAAAGUUCAGCAUGUAUCUGCAAUACUUUCGUGCUGUUGGCUGGUGCCUCUCAAUAUGGGUCUUCAUCGCCUACGUAGGGCAAUCUGCAGCCUUUGUUGGCUCCAACCUGUGGCUUAGUUUUUGGACAAAUAAUGCUUCAUUCUACAAUAACCAGACCUACCCAGCUGCCCAACGCGACCUGCAUAUUGGAGUCUAUGGGGCACUGGGUGCCAGUCAGGCUCUCUUCCUGCUGACUGCUGCCCUUCUUGCUGCCAAUGGUGCUGUCCGGGCCUCCCGGGUCCUACAUGCACGGUUGCUCUGUAACAUCCUCCACGUGCCCAUGAUUUUCUUUGAUACAACACCAACAGGCCGCAUAGUGAACAGGUUUGCCAAGGACAUUUUCACUGUGGAUGAGACCCUUCCAAUGUCAUUCCGCUCCUGGUUGAACUGCUUGUUGGGAAUUUUCAGUACUCUCCUGAUAAUCUGCCUGGCUACACCUUAUUUUGCAAUUGUCAUUCUGCCUCUGGGGCUCCUGUACUACUUUAUACAACAAUUCUAUGUGGCCACAUCCCGCCAGCUGCGGCGUUUGGACUCUGUCACCCGCUCUCCAAUCUAUUCCCACUUCAGUGAAACUGUGGCGGGUCUCUCAGUCAUCCGGGCCUAUGGGCACCAGGAACGCUUCCUGAAACACAAUGAGAAGCUUGUGGAUAUCAAUCAGAAAUGUGUGUACUCUUGGAUUAUUUCCAACAGGUGGUUAGCUGUGCGUCUAGAAUUUGUGGGGAACCUGGUGGUUUUCUUUGCAGCAUUACUGGCUGUCCUUGCCAGGAAUUCUGUGGCCAGUGGCAUUGUGGGACUCUCUAUCUCCUCAGCUCUCAAUGUGACAUCGGCACUGAACUGGUUAGUGCGGAUGACUUCAGAGCUGGAGACCAACAUUGUAGCUGUAGAAAGAGUGCAUGAAUACACAAAGGUGGAAAAUGAGGCGCCAUGGGUGACAGCCCAGAGCCCACCCUCUAACUGGCCCAGCAAUGGAGAGAUCAGCUUUAUAGACUAUCAGGUGCGGUAUCGGCCUGAGCUGGAGCUAGUUCUCGAUGGGAUUAUUUGUGAUAUCAAGAGCACAGAGAAGAUUGGUGUUGUGGGGCGAACCGGUGCUGGGAAAUCCUCGCUCACCAAUUGCCUCUUUCGCAUUCUGGAGGCAGCUGGAGGGAAGAUCCUGAUUGAUGGACUUGACAUAGCAGUACUUGGCCUUCAUGACCUGCGCCGGAACAUCACCAUCAUCCCACAGGAUCCUGUUCUUUUUUCGGGGACCUUGCGCAUGAACCUGGACCCAUUUGACCAGCACUCAGAUGAAGAAGUCUGGCAUGCUCUGGAGCUGGCACACUUAAAAUCUUAUGUACAUGGCCUGCCUGAAGAACUGUCCCAUCCAGUGAGCGAAGCAGGAGAGAACCUGAGCGUGGGGCAAAGGCAACUUGUGUGUCUGGCACGGGCCCUCCUCCGUAAAUCCAAAAUCCUGAUUCUGGAUGAGGCAACAGCCGCUGUGGAUAUGGAAACUGAUCACCUGAUCCAAGAGACAAUCCGGAGCGAGUUUGCCAGCUGCACUGUGCUCACCAUUGCCCAUCGGUUGCACACCAUUAUGGACAGCCACAGGGUGAUGGUGCUUCAGGCUGGAAAGAUUGUGGAGUUUGACAGCCCUGAAGAGCUGCUUAAACAGCAAGGUGUCUUUGCAGGAAUGGCAAAGGAUGCUGGAAUUGUGGGAACCCAGGACACUGCAAUGUAGAGGAGACGAGGGCAGCGAGAUCAAGGCCAGCUUCAUGCACAACCCCGUGGCACAGACGUUUGUUGCAGCUGUCCUAGAUCUGCCUUUGACUACGUGACAAAACUGUCUGCACUGGCAGCACUGCUGUGCCUGAAACAGACUGCAUCUUCGUACAGUCUCCUGGCAUGUGACAAUCAGAUCUUAAGUUCAUGAACAGCUAACUGGUAUUUUCUUGGCCCUGAGCAAAGGCCUACAAGCCAAACCUGGUUCUACAAAAGAAUUACACUUUCACUAUCACCCUCUAAUUUAGGGGGGGGAACCCGCUGAAGCUCCACCACCCUACCCUUGAGCUCCUGUUUUGUUUGUUUUAAGACCCAGCUCAGAUGUUCCCUAAACUUAAGUUUCCAUACAAUUCCCCAUGCUAUGAAGCAAGCUUGUUGCUAUUAGUCUCAACUGGUUCUAUUUACCAUCCCACCCCUCCAGAUCCAUGAUUCUUUGGGGAUACCAGGCAGCUAGUUUCCGCCUCCUGUUCCCUAGUUUCUCACCUUAUCUGGAGGAGGUGGAAUGGAGAGGAUUUAAGGGACUAACUAAACCUUCAGAACACUUGUAACACUGAGAAGUGCUAUGCAGGCAGUGACUAAUAAAUAUUUGGGAAGCCUGCUCCAAGCAAUCCA